UUAAACAUCAAGGAAGAAGAAGAAGAAGCCCAUCAGAUAAUGGCUAAAGCAAUGGUUUAUAAAGGAAAUGCUGAGUAAAAAAGACGCAGGGAGGACGAAAAAAGAAAAUCGCAGAGCUUUAGAGAUCUGAAUUCAAUUUAACACAUCAAAAGUUGAACAACAUGGAACUUGCUAAUGACCCACUCUGUGAACCAUCUGCUCCUGAAGCAAAUCUGCACAAUGAGCAGCUUUCACUUACAGACCGCCUGUCUCCUGUGGAAGCACCAUUAGAUAGUAUUGUACAUGGAAUAGAGGCUACAGAGGGUACAGGACGAAACAGUGGCCUUGAGUUGAAGCUGGACCUCUAUGUCCCGACACCACCAAUAAUAGAGCCUGUAACCCCUGUAGAGGAAACAGUGGAGCAUUGUGCACUUCCUGUAGCAACAGAAGGGGACAGCACACAACCUGAAGCCGUUAAAGAGGGGUGUUCAGAUGAAACUGCCAACUUUGAAGGCUUUCAUUGCAAAAAUCAGACAAGUCUGGCUGAGUCGAGUUCGAAUACUGUGACAGAAGUGGGAUGUGAGCAUGCAUCCAAUGAAACAAGCUCAUCAGACUGUACAGCUGCAAGUUGUAUGCCUGUAGAGUGCAUAAGCUCAAAUGAAACACCAAAAACUUGUGCCAAUAUUAAAUCAUCAACUGGAAGUACAGUAGACAAUGCCGACAGAAAGAACAUCCCUCCAAAGAAGGACAAAUUUAACCCUUUGAAAAUUGACAUGGCCAAAGUAAUACCUCUCACCUCAUCCCAGCUCUCACUGCAGUGCGUAGAAUGUCACAUCAUCUUCAGUGACUCCAAAAGCAAAAAACGGCACCUUAAAAUGAGCCACCCUGCAGAAUAUCAGCAAUGCAUGCUGGGAGAUGCUCUCUUUACUUGCUAUGUUUGUGAUCAGCAUUUCACCACCUCCACAGAGCUUAUGGCCCAUCAACGCACACACACAGGUAAUGAGCGGUUCAAGUGCCCGUUUUGUAGUGAAGCCUUCUACCGAUCCGGUGAACUAACAAGUCACAAAAAAAAAAUUCACUUCAGCAAACAUGGAUACACCUGCUCGGAGUGUGGCAAGCCUUUCAAAACCUUUACUUUGCUCAGAUACCACCAACGGGUACACACAGAGGAAAAGCCUUUUGUUUGCAUGCACAAACAAUGUGGUAGAAAGUUUUCUGCAUCCAAGUCUCUUCAGCACCACUUAGAAAAACAUCAGAAAGAAGAUAACCAGGAUAACCAGACAAAUGCUUCAACAACCACAAAGAAAAAGAGGGAUAAAGGAAAAAAUGAGCGGAAAUUCCCAUGCUCACAGUGUGCUGCAGUCUUCAAGACUUCUAAAGCACAACUUCUUCACAUCAGAAAUAAACACUCUCAAGAGUCACAAAGUAGCACUGUGAUGGUGCCACAACUAAAAGCACCUGGACCUGCUCUGACACAGCCCGCGAAUGGACAACCACAGACUCUGAUCAUGGAAACUGUCGGACCAGCACCACAUCAAAUGGAUAAGCUGGAUCCUGAGCAAAUUAAAAGGCUAAUUGAGAAACUUGGAAAUGGGCAGAAAGUGAAUCAGUUGGUUAUAUUGCCUUUGCAGCCACAAAGCUUUGGGUCACUCCAUCCACAGCCAUUAAUGCAACCAUUGCAUGUGAAUUUUACUCAAUCAGCCUUUCAGCCAACACAAUGUGAGAAAUCUGACACAGACUCGUCAAAAACAGAGCAAAUUAACCUUCAGUUGUCAGCAGAAAUUGGAGAUUUGCAACAAAAGGUUCUGUCACAAGAGGAAAAAAUUAUUUCAUCAGAAAACUCAGAGACCCAAUUAACAGCUGUUGAACUGACACAAACGGAGGUCCGAACGCAAAUGGAUGAAAUUCACCUUGAACUUAUACCGAUACAGACUGAAACUUCUGUUUUGCUGGAUCAAACACCUUUACAGGUUGAAGCACCACAGAAUGAUUCUGUUAAUGAGAUGGCACAAAUAGCAGAGGAACAUAUUCCAUUCACACAAGGCAUUACAGUGUUGGAAACAAACAAUGAACUACCUUUAAUUCCUCAACCGCAAACUGCAAAGUCUCAUCAUGUGGAGGAGGACAAUGUGCCAGUUGACACAGUAGCAUUAGAGGAAACGGUUACCAAUGUAGAGAUGCCAUGUCCUGCACAAAUGCUAUAUUCAACAGAAUUGUCAGUGGAAUCUGAGUCACUGGUGGUAAGUGAACAGGAUGAUGUAGUCAAAUUAAGUGAACCUCAAGAACUUCAGGAAAUCCAAGCACAAAAGGACCAAGCUAAAUCAGAGAAAGAACCAUCCUUACCAGUGGAACCACAAUCUCAGCGCGAUUCUCUCAAUGGUGUGCAGAAUGACACCGUAAUUUACCUUCAACAAAGAUCUGUGCUUACACAAGACCAGACUAGAGCCAGCUUACAGGAUUUCCCUUUUGUUCAGAAGAAAGUUCCAACAAAGAAAAAAAGAUCUAAGAAACAAUUGGCUGACAAAAUAGAGACUAAGGAAGCAAGUACAGUAUGUGAUGGUCAGGUAGCAUCAACCAAGAAAGGUAAUACUUCAUCAAAAGUAAUGACUAAAAAAAGAGAAAAGGCAAAGAACAAAAAGCUUGUUGUCAAAUUUGGACCAAGUGAGAAGAAAAAAUCCUCUAAACCGAAGGUAAUAAAAACAUCAAAAACCAAACAAAACCAGAACCAGCAAAUUAGUGAUCAAGACAAAAUUCCUAUAUUGUCUCAUCAUGACAAUAAACUGAAUUUAAACCAAAAAGUGCAAAAAGGAAAGGAGGUUGAAAGUCCUUCAGAAGCAGAAGUGAAGACAACGGGUCAAAUCACUAAUUCAUCAGACACUGCUUUGGCAGAACCAGAAGCAACACAACAAGGGAAACCCCAGAAGAGAAAAAUGAAGAAUCAAAACAAUUUGGACAAGGUGGCAAACUCUGUCCAGGAGGCUCACCAAGAUGAAGCACUGGUACCUGUACGAAAGAAAAAGAAGCAGGGAAAAAAAUCUGAAGACAAAUGUCCCAAGAAACCCAAGGUUAGGAAGAAGAAUACCCACAAAUUACCCAAGCAUAAAGGUACACAGGGUAAAUCUAGACCUGAUGUUACAGACCUGGCUCACAUAGAGAAACAAGCUUUGCUCUUAUUAAAAGGCCACAAGCAGCCUCAGCUGAAGGUGCACAAGUUGGAUGCUACUGAACUCGAGAAAUCACCCCCAAGCAAGUGUGAUAAGGUACUGAAAAAAUCAAAAAGUGCACCGAUCAAAUCCUUGAAUAUAGCACACCAAAAGAAAACAAAAUCAGGUGAAAAUAAUUUGUUGGAGUACCAGGGAGAGCCCCUUUUAUUUGAAAUGCCCUCUGUUGAGAACAGCCCUGGUUCUGUGUCUACAAAGCCAAAAAUUGUACGGAAACGCAAAGCUCCUACAAGGAUAGACCAGGAAAUUGCCUUGAGCCCCCCGUAUUCUCAACUUACUCUUGGGUGCCAGGACUGUGGAAAGACAUUCUCAGAAGUGUCUGCUUUACAGGAACACAUGGCAUCCUGGCACUCAGCUGGAAAGGUGACCUUCCCAGAUGAGACAUUUGAUGUUGCUAAAAAACGAGUCAUAAGACCUGGUCCUAAUGAAAAAUGCAUUUUACCUAAUGUCUUUGAAAUUCAGGUUGCAACAGAUUGGGACAUGGAGACUGAGGUGGGGGAGAUUGUGGGAGAAAGACUGUCAUUCCCAGCGUUAAGUCCGUCUCCUUCUUUGACACUUGCUUCUGGUGGUGUUGAAGGAAAGGAACAAGGAGGAGUCAAAGAUUUUGAAGGAAUUGUUUCUGGACUUGAGCAGCCUCCUGAGCAAAAUCCUUUAGAAGUUUGUGAGAUUCCCUCCCAGGCUUCAACCCUAGCCUUAGGCAAAAGUAUUGUGACCCAGGAGCACACAAAAAAUACUAGUGAGAAUGUGUCAGAAAAAGCACAGAGUAAUGGGGUCAGGUCUACCACAGAAACUUCUUGCGCUGAACUCAAAAAUGCAGCAGAGGAAGAAAUUAAAGAAGAACUUCCUUCAGAGGUUAAUUUAGUCAUGAUUGGUGAAAAAAAUGUGGAAGAGAACCAUAACACUCAGAUAAAUAAUGUUUCAGGUGACUCUCGAGAGCUUAAAAAUGAAGUGCGCAAUCUAGGUUCUCAGGCUCAAGAGUCCGCAAAAGAUGCCAGUGUAAUAUUGACUCGAAAUGUUCUUACUGAACCAGAGAUCAAGCAAGAAGAAGAGGAGGAACUUGUACGUAGAGUUGAUGAUCAUAAAAGAGUGAUGGGAGAAAAUUCUGCAACAAGAGGUAAGAAAGGAGUUGGAAGAAGCCGUAGCAAGAGACCGCUUGGAAGAAGAACUAGCACAGAAAACAGAAGUAAAAAGGACAUGGAAGGAAAUAAGGAUCCACAAGAAUGCCAAGUUCUCUAUCAUCUGUGUAUACUUGGUACUCUGGAGGGAAAGAACAAAGAAAAGGACAAGAAUGGAGUUGAUGCCUCUGAAACUUGUCAACCAUUGUCUUCUGAGGAGGCUCCUGAGGAACAGGUUGUUUUUGAGUUGGAUUCUGUUACCACAAGUGUAAUGGAUAUUGUAAACUCUGGAGACAGUUCGUUUGAAGAAUCUAGAGAGCUGGUUCGAGACGGCAGCUCACCUGGAAUCAUACUGGAAAAAUUCUUAACUGCUCGGGAGAGAAAUAUGGAAAAUCCAAACACCCAAAGUCGGAUUAGGGCAAACUCCUCGUUGGAUACCAGUAAAGUGACUUCGGCUAACACAUCAGCUGACGUGAAAAUAGAAGAACGUUCUUCAAAUCUGGCUCACCACAGUCUGAUUUCUUCUGAGAGUGGUGCAAUGCGUGGAGUACAAAUGUUUUUUGUCAAAGCCGAAGACCACUUGACUACAAAUGAGAUGUUUCAGGCACUCCAACGCGUGGAUCAUCAUCGCAUUACAUGUCAAGGUCAGGUGGGUUCGGUACAAAUGGACAUGCAACAUCUAUACACAACAUCUGAAGAGGGUGAUGUUAGUGCUGAACAGCAGAGAACUCGAGGCUUUUUAGAAUUCCUUUCGGAGAAUUCAGACACGGAUGAUGCCGAUAAUGUCCACUCUGAACCAGAAGCUGAAACCAUUGUGAUGUCCUGUUACCAUGGAAUACAGAGUAAUGGUACAGUACAUCAAAAUGGUGUAGAGAGAUGUAGUCCAAGUGGCAGAACAAACAUGGGUGCCUCUCCAACAAGGCACACAGAACCAGAGAGGCAGCUCAACUGGAAGCCCAUUAACUAUUUCAAUCAGUAUUUUAGUUUGGACACAUGGAAUGAAAUUGCUGUUUGCACAAGGGAAACAUCAAAACUGCCAAACCUUGUUACAGAAAAAGAGGUUGCACAGUAUGUGGGAAUCCACAUUGCAAUGGGAACUCUGAAGGUUA